GAUCAACCAGAGGUGGCGUUUAAUUAGCUUAACGUUAGUUAGGUAGGUUUCUAAACAGCCAGUUUGUCAUUAAAGAAAACCCUUCAAAAAGAAGUCUGCGGGCCUUCAGGAGGACAUGAUCGGAGAGAACUGCACAGAGGAUCUUGAUCAAGCUGGACAUGGAGAGGUGAAGGACACGCUGUUGUUGGCCGACGUCGCUCUGCUGCCUCUCUGUGGUGAUGACGCGUCCUGCAGGUGUGACUCCGAGGUCUGCACCUGUAUGGAGGUCAGACAGCUGGAGAGGAGCCUGCAGUCCAUGCAGCUGCAGCUCCAGUUCCUCUUGAGCAAAGCUGACUACUUGCAAAACCUUCUUGUCACUGGGCAAGGUGAUCAAAACAGUAUGACUCCAGCUGAAGAAGUGCGAAGAUUUCUGUACACCUGCCAACCUUACUUUGACCACGUGGAAUCCACAGCUAGGAGCACUGAGUCACUUUGCAUUCCUCCACCUUUUGAGAUCCAUACCAGGCACGUGCAGCUGUUGGACUUCUCUCAGCAGCUGUGUGAUCGGUUGGAGCAGCUGGUGUUGACCUGUGCCAGCUACAAUCUCAUCUGUUUGGAUGAGGCAGAGCCUAAUAGUUGUCCUCUAAACCAUUUGUUCCCAACCUGGGGUCCUUGUAGUGUUUCCCACUUCUACAUUGGUCAGAGUCAGCUUGGGCAGCUGAGGCUGACCGCUUUUCGUUAUUGUGAACCGAUGCCGUAUCUGUCCCGCAUCAACACUGGCCUGUACAAACGGAUGCGCUGGAAUGUGGAGAGACUCAGAGAUGAAACGCAGAAGCUCCAACAACAGACGGAUGAAGAGCAGGAUGGAGAGAAGAGAGAAGAGUAUUACUUCCUGUGCUGUGAGGAUAUUCUGAACUCACAUGAAAACCCUGCUGGGGACGCCAAAGGUGUCUCUGAAGUAGAUGUUGUGAGGGUGUGGUCCAUUGGUCAGUGGGUGCAGGUGAACCCUAACCCUGACAGAGAGGAUAUCUUCGACUGGAUCUCAUGUGAGGUUCCUGAGGCCUUCUAUCAGAGGAUUUUGUUUCUGGGCAGCGAUGAGCCAUUGGGCUACAGCGCCACAGACCACCUGCUCAAGCUGCUGUUAUGCAAAAAUAUUGAGUGACUCAGGAAAACUGUACUAGUAUUGAGGCUUGAGACAUCCGUCUGUGGAAGGAGAAAUUCAUAGUGAUUGGUUGAAGGACUGUGUGGAAAUAGGGUUAGUUUGGUUCACUGUGGACAGAAAAAAGCCCUCAGGAUAGCACUAAUGGUAAAGAUUUGGUUCAUGUAGGAUUUAAGGUUGAACAUCUGUUUCUGUUGGAUGUUGUUACCCACUGUGCACUGGUAUCCUUUAAGGACCUGUUGAAUUUCCUACAUUUAACACAGCAGUGGCUUCUGUCAUAGUUUCUUACCACUGUUAUUCUAAAAAAGAAAAAAAGUUUACUCUGUUCUAGAGAUGUUUGCUGCUCAUGUUUUAUUUUAUUAUUUUCAGUGUUAAUGAGUGUAGAUGUGUUUUAAGACUUUUUUAAGAGUUUGUAAAUAUUUAAGUUUGUUUUCUAAAGUUGCAGUUUUUAAGAGCAUGUUGUGUUGUAAAGAAGUCUGCGAGUGUUAUUUAAAAAACAUUUUAUUUACAUGAAACAUUUCAUUGAAAUAAUUACACACAAUCAAAAAUUUCUCUCUCAGGCAGUGAGCAACAAGAAAAACUAUACAUCUUCAGACAAGCUGCCAUAAGAGAGCUCAUUUACUUCACUUACACAGGUCUCACUUCAUUUUUAAUAAAUUAAAAUCAAAAACGUGAGAUUUAAGAAAGAGUCCAAUUUCAUUCACGCACAGUUUAAUCCACUGUCUCCAAUUUGACCCCAUAACCAUUAAGCUAAUCAACCCUUGUGAGAGGACAAGAAAAAGGCAAUUCAUUUACAAGAAAAAAUAAUAAAGUGUACUAUUUACGGUCAUCUUUCACUCUCUAUUCAAUAAAAAUCUAUAUAUGACUCUUACAGGGCUUCACUUCUAAAUCUCUAAAGUACAAAAUUAAAGAGGAGUUUCCCUUCAUUACAGUGAGCAGUCCUUUUAAACAAAAAGCUUAAAAAACACGUCACACAUUAUGGACAAAGCACAUUUAAAAACACGUCCUACAUAGAUUUCCCAAUACUUAUGCUGCUACACAGAGGCUUUGACAGGACAGAGGACAAGCUAAAGGAAGUGAGCAGUCUUCAGUGUGAAAGGUCGAAAAUCUGCCUCAAGUGCCAAUAAAGUUUGAAGAGCCGGACAAAUUUUCCUCAAGGCAAUAGUUUGCAAACUGCAUCCAAUUCAAUAAAUCAGUUUAUAAAAUAAUGAUUUUACUCAAAAGCACAUGAGUGGAUAUAAUUUCAGACAAUGGUAAUCACAACUAAUCCAUAAUCUCCAGUAAAGGGAAAGAAGCCAUCACAGUAGUGAAGUUGUGAUAUUACAGUGAACUUCAACAGGACAGUACACAAAGUUUCCAGACAAGAGACUGGCAUAAACACAUAUAGACAAUUUCAUCCAGAAAAAAGAUCACUUUCAUACCAAAGUUUAUCACAGUUUUAACAGUAUCACCUGAUAACCUGAUACUGAACCCUCCCUGCUCUUACUCACUUAUCUUCAUAGACUAAACCAUCGACUAUCACAAUAAAUCUGAGCACUAGUCCAAUGUAAAAUAACCAACUCAUGUAUAUGUGAAUCAUAAAAGACUAGGACGUGGCCAUAUCAGGCAAACAUUCAUCCGAAAUUAACUAUGAGCAGACAUUUUUCUCUACAUACAUUUUAAUGUUGAUCUGAAAAAUGUCAAAACAUGACUUCCGAGUUAUAGAGAGAACGGUCUUCAUAUUGUACCUACCUUUGGUAGCAAAAAAACUAAGCCUGAGGUUGUCCAGAAAUGUGAUAAUCCUCUUUAGGUUUAAUCAAAACAUUACUUUGACCACUGCUUGCAAAGAUAUUACACUAUAAUAAGCUUUAGCUUGUAGGCUUAAAAAAACAACACUGAUAACAAUGCUGACAAUGUAAACAAUGAAGUCUUGCAAUUAGAGUUCUUUUUCAGUAGCAGGCUCAGUAGGUUUUCCAGUGUUCAAACACUUGCAAUUAAAUGUGCCACAGGUGCAACCAAAUCAAUCAUAGAUUAACCUUCAAUUUAUAGUGGCCACUUGGCACAAUUGGCAUGUGUGCGCAUAGGACUACCCAAAAGAUUUGGCAUCAAAAAUAGUGUUAAGUUCCUAUCAUUUUAGUUAGUAGCAGAAAUGCAUAAUGGGUUUCUUUCUGCAAUCAGGUGGUUUCAGGUGUGUGAGUUUAUAAUGAAGUAUCAAGCUUGUGCAUGCAGUGGUUUAGGAUGUCAAGUGGUGCGAGAAAAGUGUGGAGUUUCACUGUGGUGUCAUGUUGUGUAUUCUACUUGGAUUUCUGAGAAGCAGUUUCCCACUGGCAUCACCAGACAGACUCAUGCAGUGUCAUUACUAUGACUGAGAAUGGACAGUUUUAUCCUAUCUCCAGCAUCUGUAGAUCGUUUGAUUCCAAGUAAGGGCUCAGAUUGAUGGGUCAAUUGCAGUACAUUACAGACCACUUAGGAUAUUGAAAAAUAAGAUCGGGUGCUCUAUAUAACACCCCUUCAAUGUAAACCUAUGGAUCACAUUCAGAGCACUUAUUUUU